AUGAAUAGAAAAGUGGCACGUUUUGUCUUCUUGGUAAUAUAUAUGAUUUCUGGCGUUGUGAUUGGCGCAGACCAAGACAAUGGAAGUGAGAAACUCGCCGAGAUUUACAACGAUCUAAAAGAUUCUGCACCACAGCCAUCAUUGACACGUAAGACUUGUUCAGUUUGGCAGGCAGAAGGAUUGGAAUCAGACCAUUUAUUGGUCAAUCCCAAUGGAGAUGGAGCGCCCUUGGUGGUUUUCUGCAACAUGUCCACCACCCCCGCUACCAUGGUACUAGAACAUGACCACAUGGACACAAAAACCAUACGUGGACCCCGAUGUAAUUCAGUCGCUUGCGUCCGAUCUGGGACAAUUGUUUACUUCUCUGCGUCGUUAGAUCGCUUGAUUGAACUAAUAGGGGCAUCCAGAUCUUGCCAGCAGUAUGUCAGGUACGAAUGUUAUAACAGUGGAAUGGACUUUACUCGCUGGAUGACCCAUGACGACAGGGUCAUGUCACAUUGGGGAAGCUCUUUUCGGGAAACCAUGAAUGCCGAAGAGAAAUUCUGGGACCUGACUACUUCGGGAACUAAUGAAACUUUUAGGCCUACUACCGAGGGUCCGACCGAGGGUCCGACCGAGGGAACCACGUGCGGAUGUUCCUUGAGAGGGAACUGUGUAAAUGGGCAACUUUGCAAUUGCAACAAUGGUAACAAUUACGACAACAGGUGGUAUGUAGACCAAGGCUACUUAUUUUCGGAGACGUCCCCAGCGGCAGCUGUUGAUCUUCCUGUCAAGGAGGUCGGCUUUGGGCGCUUCCCGUGGUCGGAUUCGGUUGGACGCUAUACCAUCGGGCCUCUGACAUGUAAGGACAAAGUUCGUGGAUGUCCAAAGGCGCCCUCUUUUGGUAACACAGUGAACGACGCUGAUAAGUUGGGCCACAUGGCUGGAGACGUUGUCAACUACACAUGCAGUGAGGGAUUCAUUAACCCAGUGUCUCCUUCAUUGAGAUGUGGCUAUGAUGGCGCCUGGGAGAGGAAAACAAUUAUUUGCGAAAGGGUGAACUGUGGCGACCCGGGUAACUCUGCAACAACAAAUCGAACGUUAGAUGGUACGCGGUAUGGUGACACGGUGACGUAUACAUGUAAACAAGGGUACAAGUACGAAAGAGGGGACAUGCAGCGUAAUUGUACAGCAUCCGGGACCUGGACGGGGGAGGUGAUGACUUGUUCACCUGGCAUGAUUGCCUUCUCCGCCACGUCAUUGCAAAGCUACUUUGGUUACUCCUCUAGUCCAGUACCUUUCAACAAUGCCACUGUGAACGUAGGGGGUGCAUAUUCUACGUCAAGAGGUGUCUUCACAGCACCAUUUGAAGGGUUGUACCAUAUUGAUGUCCAUCUGGCAACGUACAGCUCGAACACCUGCUAUGCAUACAUCGUUGUCAAUGGAGGCAGAGUCAGAACCAUAUAUGUUGACCCAUAUUCAAAUAACCGUCAGAGGGGCAGUUCUAGUGUUCUACUUCAGUUGAGUGAGGGACACACUGUCCAUAUAGCACUUGAGUACUACUAUAAUUACUACGUCACCCUUGGCCAAGAAUCAACGUUCAGUGGCUUUCUCCUUCAACACGGGCAGCAGACAUAAGCAUGUGUAUAAUCAGAAAUUACCAGUGCUAGAAAAUAAU